UGAGCGCUGGUAGUGGGUGUUCGUGUCGCUGUUACGUUCCUGCCGUGACUACUUUUACGAGAUCGUUUAAAACCGGUUUCGAAAGUGCUUAGGUGUGGCGUAGGCGGUCGGAGCCGCGUUCGACCGUUAAAUAUACUUUUCAAAGUUCAAAAACAGCUUUGUGAUUGUAAAAGUGCAUCACUGAUACGCCGGCUUAUCAAGAUCGUGUCCUCCGUCGGACUGUAAGGUGUUCCGGGACGCGUUAUGUGGAUUGUGUUCUUGAGUUAGUGAGUGACAUACAUACAUAAUAACACAACAACAAGAUGGCCCUCUCCGCGAUAUUUGGUGUUCUACUGGCUGUGACCCUCGCAGUGGAAUCCCAGCUGGUGGACAUCUCUCCGCGGGAGGCAGUGCGUCGUGUCGGUGACGACCUCACAGUGUUCUGCAAGGUGCCCUACCCCAUAGACUCCUGUCGGGUGACGGUGGGGACGACGUCGUACAGACUCAUCCCGAACAACCAGGAGGAGGAGGUGACGUACUCCGGCCAGGGGUUGGAGGCGGGCGAGUGCGGCGCGCACAUCAAACACGUCAGGGAGGAGUGGAACGGGAACAUCUCCUGCACGCUGCCGCCGCAGACCGGCAGCAUCGAGCUCAGCGCCUCCAUGAGGUUGCUCGUGGCGAAGGCGCCCGGAGUACCCCAGCUGGUGUCUCCUCCUCAGCCGACCUUCCGCGAGGGUGACGGUUUCGUGGCACAGUGUAUAGUACCUGACGGACGGCCCGCCGCCAAGAUUACUUGGUACUUCGACGAGGUGCAGCUGAUGGCGGGUGUUCAUCAGCCGGUAGUGACGUCACGUCCGGGUUCCGACCUCACCACCAUCCUCCAGAACGUGUCCCGCACCCUCACCCCGGACGACAACGGCAAGAAGCUGGUGUGUCGCGCCGAGCACGAGGCGCUGGACUCGCCGCGGGAGGUCGCCCGGCAGCUCGUGGUCAACUAUCCCCCCAAGCGCCUGGAGGCGGGCCCCAUCACCAUCUUCGGCCUGAAGUUGGGCGCGGAGGGCCGCCUGAACGUGACGGUGCGGGCAUCGCCAGCCCCGCGCGCCCAGUGGACGCUGGGCGAGCUGGUGCUGGAACCCCCGCGGACCACGGACGGCGUGUCCGCCCUGGAGCCGGUCGCGCUCGGCGGCGGCUACUAUAACAUGACCCUCGUGCUGGAACGAGUGUCCAAGGACGACGUGGCGCGCUCCAUCGGUCUCCGGGUCCUCAACGAGCUGGGCCAGGAGGACUUCGUCGUGAGACUCAGCACCAUGGACGAGCCCCCAGGCGUGGAGUUGGGCGUGGGCGGCGUGGUGGGCAUCGUGGUGGCCGCUCUGCUGCUGGUGGUGGCGGCCGCCCUGCUGGUGUUCGCUCGCGCCACGGACCGCUGGUGUUUCGCCGAGCGCGUCCUCCCCGACGCCGACUCGGAGGCGCCUCUCCCUACCCGGGAUGACGUCACGGGUGCCGAGAACCCGAGCCACGACUACAGCAGCGGGGACACCAAGACCGACAAGAAACCCGACACGGCCGUCUAACAUCGCGCACACACACACACGCACACACACACAGACACAGGCUGUGAAGGUUUGUGUGAAUCACUCAGACUCGCGCACAGUCUCAGACUCGCCCCCCUCCCCCCACCCCGGGGUCCACCUACUGAGGGGUCUACAUCAUUGACGACGCCAUGAACGUGAGUCGAGUCAUUGACAAGUUACUGUGUGUUGGUUUGAGUCAUUCACAAAAACACAACAAUAUUUUUUUUUGUAAGUAACGUAAUUCCAUCAUGACGAGUGACAAUGAAAAAAAAAAAUGUUUGUAACGAGUAAAUUAUAUUCGAUGUACGUGAUGUGACCCGUGACCUGUGACCGUUACUUACUGUGAAGGACGGAUAGCUGUCGAGGAGCCGAUGUAAAGGCGGAGCCCACCAUGCCGCCCGGCUGGUGGGCGACGUCUGACGGAUGCCCGUGGUGCUCGCACCACGCGCCGAGCCCAUCGCCUUAGUUAAGUGUAUGAUAAGUCGUCCGUCGAGCGCGCGGCUCCUCGGCCUGCUCUGUAAUAACACGUCGCUGAAUCUCUCGCACGUUUCAUGUUAGUGUAAGCCGACUGUAUGUAACUAUACUUUGACCAGUACAUAAUUAGUGUGUAAGUCUCUCUCUCUCUCAUUUGUUGUAUAUAAUCUGUCCUCCUCCAGCUCGGCUUGUUUGUGUUGUUGCUCUCGUCGUUGGGCGCUCGGUCUCUGUGCCGAGCUCCGACCCGAGCGGUUCACGACCGAGGUUCCGCCGAACGUUAAAACUCAUGACUUGCUUUAAACUUAAGUUAGUUUAAGUUGUAUUUCAAUCACCGUUGUGAUUGUUCUUGAAUAAUAUUUUAUUUUUGUACCAAUUUAUUAAGAGCCGCCAAUAAACACUGCCAUUUUGCAUAAACAAUUAAGAAAUCUCCCAUUAGACUCUUCGCCCAGUUUCUUCCAGUUUGUCAAAUAAUCGAUUGAACUAAGUAGCGGAUGUUGGAGAGUUCCAUGAAUAUAAAGUAUUUAUUAAAUCACA